AUUGCUGGGAGCAAUCACUGCUGCUAAGGAGCCGAGCCCGGCGGCCGCGAGCAUCUCGGUCCAGCGUCCCCCCCAUCCUGGCUCGUCAUAUGAUUUCUCCUAAGGGACAGCUGCUGAGCGGGACUGUGUCUCCAAGCUGAUCCUUUGCUGAUAAGCCAGCUGCCAAGCCUCCACUGCUGAGACAAAGGAGUUUUUCUCUUCCCAGCAGGGUUUUUCUGCUGUGAAUGACAGAGAAGGAGGUAAAAGUGAGCUGCCUGGCACUCCUCGUGGGCGAGAGGCUUUGGGGGCUCCUUCUCCCCCGCUGUGCUGGCAGAUCAUGGAGCUUUUCAGGCUGAGCCUGGGCUGCAUUUGCCUCCUUCCUUGGCUUGAGGUAGCAGAGGGACAAGGCUUCCUCAUAAGGAACACCCGUCUGGAAAAGUGCCUCCGUGCCUCCCACGAGACCAACAGCCUCAGCCUGGCCAGCUGCAAGGAGCACUCCCAGCAGCAGCGGUGGGGCUGGGACCCCGACACGGGCACCAUCGUCAGCCUGCACACGAAGCGCUGCCUGGCGGCCCACAGGAUGCGUGAGAACGCUCUGGUCAAGCUGGAGCCCUGUGGAGACUGGGAACGCCAGGCAUGGUCCUGCAGCAAGAAGGGACACUUGGCUCUGCAGAGCUUGGGCUUCCACCUCAGCACCAAGGAGGGAGGCCACAAGGUCUUUGUCUCAAAGGAGAAGGACAAGUUCAGCAGGUGGAAGACACUGGCAGAUGAAACCGUCUGUGCUGCUGCCCGGACAGCAGCUCAGAGGCCCAGCAAACCAACACAAGCAGCUCUAAAAACACGUGUGUGGAUCUAUGAAACUAAAACCAUUGAUUCACCAAAGACUGGUGCUGUGGACAGAGAGUCUUCUGUGAGCUUGACUGACCCCCCUCUGGCUAACAAAUUCAACAGCACAGUGUCUCCGGUAAAGACCAAACAGGCACAGCUCCCGGCAAAUGAGGAUCCAUCCCACAAUCACUCCAAGAAGCAUGGAAAUAGGGGGAAAAACACUGGGGCCAGGCUUGCAGGCACGAACUGGAAGACAGCCAUGCUGGUCCUCAGCCCCUUGGCAUUCAUACUGGGAUUAAUAAUACUGACACUCAACGUUCACUACAACAAGAAAAAGAAAAUCCUCUCUGCUCUGAAGAGCUCUCCAGCCAACAGCAGCAGAGCUGAUUUACGGGAGCCAACCCCCUUAAGAAGAGGCCCUCAGCCGUACCUUCCACCAUCCCGCUCCCCUUCCCUGAGGCGUGGAGAGAUCCUCAUCGAGUGGAAAGAUGGGACUGUCACUCCUCUUUUUGAUAACUUCAAUUACCAAGUGGACUAGCUCCAAAAUGACAGCGCUUUUGUUCCAUCCUGUGUCACUGUUCCCACCAGGAAGAGUGCCACCACAGCUGAUCUCCUCCCUACCCUUGCUGUUUUGACAGGAAGCACUGUUUGGGUUUUUUUUCUAAACACUUGAGUACAAUCUCCUUGCACAGCACAAGGUUGAAGCAAGCAGAGUAGAUUGGUUUGUAUAGGCAAAUGCUGCUUAGCAAUUCCAGAGCUGCUUUAGCUCAUAACAAAUCCCAGUUUUCUGUAGAUGAAGCUGGGACUUUUGCCAGCUGCAAUUGCCCACUGAAUCAAAAUUAGAGUUACCGAGCAUAUGAAAAAAUUAAUCUUUGAAGACAAAGCAAAAGGUAAAAAACAGAAGUUCUGAUGAUCUUUAAAUUCUUUUUAAGAUAAAACUAGCUGCCAAUAGACACAGUAGGCCAUCACUUACAUUGUCAGUGUGAGAAUGUAAUUAAUAAGCACUGCCUUCUAUAAAAUCCUUUUCAGGUAUCUGCCAAAAUAUUCAUCCCCACUGAGUUGUCAAUUAAGUAACAGCAAGUCAUUUUUCUAACUUCUAACUAACUAAAAGGUAGCACUCCACUGUCCUCUCUGCAUCACUGCAAGAGCCUUGCUGAGAGAAUAUGUCCCUCAAAAUGUUUCCAUAUUUAAACCUUAUUUUAACACACAUCAUCUUUUAUUAAACAGACUGGCAAGUAAUGUUGGUCAUGCUUGUUGGGGAUAUUGCAUAUAGAGCCACUUUAUAUCAGCUUCAGUCUCUGAUUUCCUAUAAUCAUAUGGAAUAGUCAAUAAAUAGAUAUAUUGCUCCAGAGCAGUAAUACAGGGUUUUUUUUCCUUUAGACGGAGUAAGACACUGUUUUCAACCUUUACACUUCUUGUUUGAGCAUAAUUACCUGUGACUGUCACACUCAGUCCUGAUCUUUUCUCAGUGAAAUUUGCAAUGACUUAGCUCUUUCCUAAUAUUCAUGAACAUAUGCUUUCUUUCUCUCUGAUUCUGAGAUUUUGUAAUUAUGGCUAUAAAUCAAGAGUUAUGUCGAGAAAGAAACAAUAACACCAGGAAAUUACAAGUA